AUGCCCGAGACAGAUUGGGACGUAGCCAACAGUGCAGGGGAUGUUCGCACCAAGCGUGGACAAAUGCCUUCUCAACGCCGGCGGAGAGAGCUUCCGAAGCCGACUCGAGCUAUGCAGGCUCACCAGGAUCUUGACCUCGAAAAGGACAGUGGCACCAUACGCCUGGUGGAAAAUGAAGAUGGCCGUGGUGGGGGCCCGGGCUUUUACUGUGACGUAUGCAAAAAGACUUGCAAGGACAGCGUCGGGUACCUGGAUCAUAUCAAUGGGCGCAUGCACCUGCGCAGAUUAGGGCAAACUACCCAGGCUGAGCGUGGGACGCUCCAAAGCGUGAAGGAUCGCAUUGCCUAUAUACGAGCUGAGCGUGCCUUAGGAGCAACGCCGGCCCAACGCUACGAUUUUGAUGCAAGACUUCGGCAGAUUGCUGCGGACCAGCGCCGAGAACACGAGCAGCGUCGACGUGAUCGGCAAGAAGAGCGCCUCCGCAAAAAGCCUCGAUCAGAUGAGGACGUUGUCGUGCAGGACGAUGCAGAUGUCAUGGCUGCCAUGGGCUUUGGCAGCUUUGGUUCUACACGCUAG